AAAACUCAUUUCUCUCUCCAAAAAAACCAAAACCAAAUACACCUCCGCCACCACCACAACAACCAUGGUAGUCGAGAAAAAACGCCCCUUACAACCCUCGGCCGCCGCGAACGUGGACCCCACACCACCCGUCGCAGCGGCGGCGGCCCCCGCCGCAGCCACCAAAAAUGGAAAAACCAUCGAGGAAAUGUACCAAAAGAAGUCUCAACUCGAGCACAUCCUCCUCCGGCCGGACACAUACAUCGGCUCCAUCGAGAAGCACACGCAGUCGCUCUGGGUUUACGAGCCCGACCGCGGCAUGGUCCACAGGCCGGUCACCUUCGUCCCGGGUCUGUACAAGAUUUUCGACGAGAUCUUGGUCAAUGCGGCGGAUAACAAGCAGCGGGACCCGAAGAUGGACUCGCUGAAGGUGGUGAUCGACGUCGAGGAGAACCGGAUCAGCGUGCAGAACAACGGAGAUGGAGUGCCUGUGGAGAUUCACCAGGAGGAGAAGGUGUACGUGCCGGAGUUGAUUUUCGGGCACUUGUUGACGAGUAGCAAUUACGACGAUACUGUGAAGAAGACGACUGGUGGGAGGAAUGGCUAUGGUGCGAAGCUCACGAAUAUCUUCUCGACCGAGUUUGUUAUCGAGACCGCCGAUGGGAAGCGACUGAAGAAGUACAAGCAGGUAUUUUCCAACAACAUGGGAACGAAAUCUGAGCCAGUCAUUUCAAAGUGCAAAGAGAGUGAGAACUGGACUAAGGUUUCAUUUAAGCCCGACUUGGCAAAAUUUAACAUGACUCAUCUUGAGGACGAUGUGGUUGCGCUGAUGAAAAAGCGGGUAUUUGACUUGGCUGGGUGCCUUGGGAAGUCUGUGAAGGUUGAACUGAAUGGAACUCGGAUCCCCGUAAAAUCAUUUACUGAUUAUGUUAAUCUCUACUUAGAUUCUGCUGCUAAAUCUAAACCUGAGAAAUCUCCAAGCUAUCAUGUGAAAGUUAAUGAUAGGUGGGAGAUAUGCGUUAGUCUUAGUGACGGGCAGUUUCAACAGGUCAGCUUUGUGAAUUCGAUUGCCACAACCAAGGGUGGAACUCAUGUUGAUUAUAUCACUAAUCAAAUUACAAACCAUAUAAUGAAUUUUGUAAAUAAGAAAAACAAGAAUGCCAACAUCAAAGCCCAUAACGUGAAGAACUACUUGUGGGUUUUUGUCAAUGCUCUUAUUGACAACCCUGCCUUUGAUUCCCAAACCAAAGAAACUCUGACACUUCGUCAAAGCAGUUUUGGGUCCAAGUGUGAGCUUUCACAAGAUUUUCUGAAGAAUGUCUCAAAGUCCGGAAUUGUAGACAGUCUCCUAUCAUGGGCAAAUUUCAAGCAGAGUAAAGAUCUUAAGAAAAGUGAUGGAACAAAGACAGAGAAGAUUCAUGGUAUUGAAAAACUAGACGAUGCUAACAAAGCAGGAGGGAAGGAAUCUGAUAAAUGUACCUUGAUUUUAACUGAAGGAGAUUCAGCUAAGGCUCUUGCAUUGGCCGGGCUUGCUGCUGUGGGUCGAGAUUACUAUGGUGUGUUCCCAUUGAGAGGUAAAUUGCUCAAUGUGAGGGAAGCCACUGCUAAACAGCUCACUGAGAAUAAAGAAAUUGGGUACAUAAAGCAGAUUCUUGGACUUCAGCAGCAUAAAGAAUACGCCAAUGUAAAAUCUUUGAGAUAUGGUCAUUUGAUGAUAAUGACUGAUCAGGAUCAUGAUGGUUCCCACAUCAAAGGGCUGUUGAUCAAUUUUAUUCAUUCGUAUUGGCCAUCACUGCUAAAAGUUCCAUCUUUCUUAAUUGAGUUUAUCACUCCUAUUGUGAAGGCAACUCACAAAAAUGGGACACAAUUAUCAUUUUAUACCAUGCCUGAGUACGAGUCAUGGAAGCACAAUUUGACGGGCAAUGCAAGUGGGUGGUCUAUCAAGUACUAUAAGGGGUUGGGAACAAGCACAUCAAAGGAAGGAAGAGAGUACUUUGCAAAUCUUGAGAAACACAGAAAAGAUUUUAUUUGGGAAGAUGAACAGGAUGGGGAGGCCAUUGAGCUGGCAUUUAGUAAGAAGAAGAUAGAAGAGAGGAAGAGUUGGCUUAGGCAGUUUGAGCCUGGUACUCACCUUGAUCAGACGGGCAAGCUCAUAAAAUACAGUGACUUUGUCAACAAGGAGCUUAUACUGUUUUCAAUGGCAGAUCUUCAGAGGUCUAUUCCCUCCAUGGUUGAUGGCCUGAAGCCUGGCCAAAGGAAAAUUCUUUUCUGCUCUUUCAAGAGGAACUUUGUCAAGGAAGCAAAAGUUGCUCAGUUUUCUGGUUAUGUGUCUGAGCAUUCAGCUUAUCAUCACGGCGAGCAGAGUCUUGCGAGCACCAUCAUCGGAAUGGCACAAGAUUAUGUGGGCUCCAACAACAUUAACCUGCUUCAACCAAAUGGCCAAUUUGGCACUCGUAAUUAUGGAGGAAAAGAUCAUGCAAGUGCUAGGUAUGUCUAUACGCGGCUUUCUCCAAUCACGCGGUUUCUGUUCCAUAAGGAUGAUGAUGACCUUCUUGACUACUUGAAUGAAGAUGGGCAAUCAAUUGAACCAACUUGGUACAUGCCAAUUAUACCAACGGUUCUUGUCAAUGGUAGUGAAGGAAUUGGGACUGGUUGGAGCUCUUACAUUCCUAAUUACAACCCAAGAGACAUAAUAGCAAAUGUUAGGCGCUUGUUGAAUGGUGAUGCUAUGGAGCCUAUGGAUCCAUGGUAUAAAUGGUUUAAAGGGACUAUUGAGAAAACUGCUGCAAAGGAAGGAGGGAAUAGCUACACUAUUUGUGGAACUGUAGAGGAAGUUAAUGAGACGACACUAAGGAUAACAGAGCUACCAAUCCGUAGAUGGACACAAGAUUACAAGGAAUUCCUGGAAUCUAUUUCUUCUAGUAAUAAAGAAUGCAAAGAUCCCUUCAUUGAGGAUUUUGAUAUGAAUUGUGAUGACGUAACAGUAGAAUUUGACGUCUUCUUGACCCCUGAGAACUUGAUUAGGGUCACUCAAGAGGGCUUGCUGAAGAAAUUUAAACUAACCACUACAAUUAGCACAACUAAUAUGCACCUAUUUGACCCAAGAGGCGUGAUUAAGAAGUAUGACAACCCGGAGCAAAUUCUUGAAGAAUUUUUUCAUUUAAGACUUGAAUUUUAUGAGAAAAGAAAGAAAUUUCUUCUGAACAAACGUGAAAUGGAGUUGUUGAAGUUGGAAAACAAGGUUAGGUUUAUCCUUGCAGUUGUGAAGGGAGAGAUCAUUGUAAGUAAUAGGAAGAGAGCUGAUCUGUUUGUGGAGCUGCAAACAAAAGGUUUCACUCCUUUUCCAAAGAAAACUAAGGCUGUUGAGCCAGAAGUUGCUGGUGCAACUGAUGAUACAGAAGAAACAGAAGUGAAAUCUCCUGCUGAUAGCAGUAGUAAUGGGGUACAGAUCAGUGAUUAUGAGUAUCUACUGGCCAUGGCAAUUGGAAGCUUGACCAUUGAGAAGGUUCAGGAGCUAUGUGCUGAAAGGGAUAAGCUCAAUAAGGAGGUUGAUGAUUUGAGAAAGGAGACUCCAAAGUCCUUUUGGAGGAAAGAUCUUGAUGCUUUGGAGGGGCAACUCGAUGAGCUUGAGAAAAGUGAUGCUCAGUCAGAGGAGUCAAGAAAGAAAAUGAGAGGAAAAGCAAGGGGUGAAGCUGCUAUGAAGUCUACUAGACAAGCACCCAAGAACCCACGGAAGAACAAUAAUAAGAAGGCAAAUAAUGCAGAAUCUGUUGCAGAAGCUGUCUCGUCAUCUAUGGCUGCAAUGGAAAUCGAGAAAGCUCCUGAGGCAGCAAAACCCAAAGGCAGAGCAGGCUCUAGGAAAGCUGCUGCUAAGCCGAAAAAGCAAACUUUAGUCUUGAAUGAUGACGAUGACGAUGACGAUGACGAUGUACUUGAGCUUAAAGAACGACUUGCUGCCUAUAACCUCGACUCAUCUCCUGAUCAAUCAGCCGCCAUGGAGACUGAAGUGCCCAAAGUACCAGCCAAGAAGAAAGAACCUAGCAAAAGGGCUGCUGCUGCACAGAAGAAGAAGCCCUUGGCAACUGUUUUGGAAAUAUCUGAUGGUGAUGAUGAUGAUAUUAAUGAAAUUGAUGAUGAUGAUGAACAUAGUGAGAUAGAAGUUGUAGCUGCUCCAGAAGCCGGGAAAAAGGGCAGGAGAAAACCGGCUGCAAAUGCUAAGGCAGGUAAGGCCCCUGCAUCGGCAAAGAAGAGAGGUGCAGCCAAUAAGCAGCAGCCUCAGACAUUAGGCCAGAAGCUUUUAACUGACAUGUUAAAGCCUGCUGAAAAUUCUGGGAUUUCACCAGAGAAGAAAGUGAGAAAAAUGAGGGCAUCUCCAUUCAACAAGAAAAGGUUUGUGUUGGGAAGGGUUAGUAAGGUAAAUGAAGUGACUGAAAAUGAAGAAAAUUCGGGUUCUGCUUCUACUUCUGCCAGUACUGAAGAAACCAUUGAAGUUGCACCAGCAAGAGCAAGACCUCAAAGGGUGAACCGUGUGCAGACAAGGUAUGUGUUGAGUGACUCUGAAAGUGAACAUGCCACUGAGGAUUCUGAAUUUGAUGAAGUGACUGAUGAAAGUGAAGAUGAAUAGAGUAGUAUUUCUGUUGGGAAAGUGAUUGAUGGAAUUCUUGAAAUGGGAACUUAAUCUCAUUCCCCUUGUAAUGUACUCCAUUACUCUUAGUUGUGACUUUGAUAGUUUGCUUAACUGCAUUCCCUGGAAAUGACCUUUGUCUAUUGUGAUUUGUUAUGGUCAAGGAUUUUCUUUCUCCUUCAUUGCAAUUCUACUGUUACAACUUACUAAUAUAUUGGAAAUUAGAGUGUCUGCAAUUUAAAUAAGUGGAAUAUUUUCAAAAGAAAUACAUGUACCAAUCUCACUUGAAGAGAUAUACAGCAAUUCCAGGUGUAAAUUGGUUUCGUUUGUCAGUUAGUGUCGCUUAUUAUUUCUGAUUUA